CGUCAUUGGUAUCCAUGCCCUGGCUGCACGUUAUCUGUGUCUGAGCUGUGAAUGAAGGCUGCGCUCUCUGAUGAAUUAAUCACACAACAUUACGCCUCCCUUUAAUUUACCUCCAGGGCUGCAAUGUCAACCAAACUGUUCACCGCGAACAGUCCCGUUUUCAAAUGUUUGAAAACUUUUUAUAACACUCAGGCGCAAGGGUUUAGAACUGGAGCUGCUUCCUUUGGUUCGGUUAAUUUAAAGGGCCGCAGUUGUCUUACUCUGAAAGACUUCAGCUCAGAUGAAAUCAAGAAGCUUUUGUGGGUGUCAGGAGAUCUGAAACAUCGGAUCAAACGUGAAAAACAGUAUCUUCCUCUUCUACAAGGAAAGUCCAUUGCUAUGAUAUUUGAGAAGAGGAGCACCAGAACAAGAAUGUCCACAGAAACAGGCUUUGCUCUGCUGGGUGGACACCCCUGUUUCCUCACCUCCCAGGACAUCCAUCUGGGAGUGAAUGAGAGUUGCAAAGACACAGCAAGGGUUCUCUCAGGACUAUGCGAUAUCGUCUUGGCACGAGUGUACAGCCACUCCACGCUGGAGGAGCUGGAUAAGGAGGCUUCCAUCCCCAUCAUUAAUGGCCUGUCUGACCUCUACCACCCGAUACAGAUUCUGGCUGACUUCCUCACCUUACAGGAGCAUUAUGGUUCCCUUAGUGGACUGACGGUGAGCUGGAUUGGAGAUGGGAACAACGUCCUCCACUCCUUCAUGAUGACUGCAGCCAAACUGGGAGUUCAUCUUAAGGUUGCUACACCUAAGGGGUACGAGCCAGAAACAAGUGUUAUUCAAGAGGCACAGAGACUCUCUAAACUGCAUGGUACCCAGCUUCUUCUGACCUCUGACCCGAUGGAGGCAGCUCAAGGCAGCAAUGUUUUGGUCACUGACACCUGGGUCAGCAUGGGACAGGAGGAGGAGAAGAAAAAGAGGCUCAAAGACUUCCACGGUUAUCAGAUUACAAUGAAGACAGGAAGUGUGGCCAAACCAGACUGGACCUUCCUGCAUUGUCUCCCCCGGAAAAUGGAGGAGGUGGAUGACGAGGUUUUCUACUCAUCCCGCUCCCUUGUCUUCCCUGAGGCUGAGAACAGGAAGUGGACAAUCAUGGGUCUGAUGGUGUCUCUUCUGACCGACUACACUCCACAAACACCAAUGCUUAAGUUUUAACUUCAAGUCUUAAGGUGGAAUUAUAACUGUGUGUCCCGAGACCCUGUCAUGCUUCAGUUACAUACCUCAAAGUUGUUAUAUUCACAUUCUCUCAUUUUACUUCUUAUAUAGAUCAACAAUGGGAUAGUUUUCAUUGUCUCAAUGCUAAAUAGACAGUUCAAAGUAAUUUGUUCAUACUGUAUGUUCCUGGUUUGAUUCCAGCCGGAUUCAAACUACUGCAUUACCACGACAUGUUAAAGAUGCUUUUUUAGCAAUAGGGCUGAAAAUGGACAAAAACACACUACUUAAAAUAUCUUUAAGCGAGUGACCAAUGUGUUAUUAGAUUAAUAUGCCUUCCAUUUGGUUAAACAAAGACUUUUUAAAACCUUUUUAAGUAUGUAGUGUAUACAAAUAAACCAAUGUGUGCCUUUUA